GUAGGUUAUAGUCGGUUUUUACUGUCCAUCUUGUUAUUGUUUCGCCUGUUUUGCCUGCGUUUCACCAUAAAGGCGCAUGAAGAAAACUAAAUCUCUAGAUAUGGAGAAUAUUGCGGACAUGGCUGUAAAUCAAGACGUGGGGUGUGAUGAUAUUCUUGAAUUCAACCAGUUCGACGGUCUUCCCUUUUCUUCACGCUAUUAUAAACUGCUAACGGAGAGGAAAACUCUUCCAGUUUGGGGAGCAAAGAGUGAGUUCAUGUCCUACAUCACCAACCAUCAGCUUGUUAUUAUCAGUGGUACAGUGAAAACUGGACAAAGUACUCAGGUCCCUCAGUGGUGUGCAGAGUUCUGCUUGUCUGUGCAGUACAGGCAUGGCAUGGUGGUGUGCACUCAGAUCCAUCGGCAGUGCACAGUGGAUCUUGCCCUGCGUGUGGCCGAUGAAAUGGACGUGAAUAUUGGCCAUGAGAUUGGAUAUGUCAUCCCUUUCCAGAACUGCUGCUCUGCUGACACUGUGCUUAGGUACUGCACUGAUGACAUGCUGCUUUGUGAGAUGAUGUCAGACCCUCUGUUGGAGCGGUACGGGGUGGUGCUGAUCGAUCAGGCUCAGGAGCGAACUGUCAGCACAGACCUCCUACUCGGCCUGCUCAAAGAUGUGCUGUUGGCACGACAUGAGCUGCGUGUGGUCAUCCUCACUGCACCUCAUUCUUUUGACAAGCUGCUGUGUCACUAUGGAAAUGUGCCCCUAAUCCAACUUGAAGGAGAACAACCCUCUGAAAUGGUUUAUGGUCCUGGGAGAGGAGGUGUGAAAGAUUAUUUGUACACCUCGCUUCAACUGGUUAUGCAAAUCCACCAGUCUCAAGAGCAUGGAGAUAUUGUGGUGUUUCUGGCUACUGAACAAGAGGUUGAAUGUGCUUUUGCCAUCUUGAGGGGGGAAGGGACAGGUGUCGCUUCAUCGCUAGGUGAGCUCAUGCCUGUGUCGGUCUGUCUAGAGCAGAAGGACAGUGUGUCUGUGCUUACAGAAGUGGACGGCAGGUGCAGGAGAGUCUUUCUCACUUGCGGUCCAUCCGAAGACUUAUUCUGGGCCACACAUAGCAUUCAUUUCGUCAUUGAUGCUGGAGUGCAAAAAAGAUAUGUGUAUAACCCUCGCAUCAGAGCCAGCUCUGUUGUUAUUCAGCAAAUCAGCAAAAGCCAAGCAGAAUGCCGUAAACAGCUGACUGGUCCAACAGGAAAGUGUUUCUGCUUGUACUCGGAGAAGACACCUUUUCCUGUUGAGAAUGUUCCUCACAUUCAGGAGUCUGACAUCACGUCCACUGUUCUUUUCCUUAAAAGGAUGGAAAUCGCUGGGUUGGGUCAGUGUGAUUUCAUCGAUAGACCAGAUCCUGAGGGCCUUAUGCAGGCUUUAGAAGAGCUGGACUACCUAGCGGCUCUGGAUAACGACGGUAAUCUGUCAGAGAUUGGAAUAAUAAUGUCGGAGUUUCCUUUGGAGCCCCAGAUGGCCAAGACACUUCUGGCUGCCUGUGAAUUUGACUGUGUGAGUGAGGUGCUUACUAUUGCUGCCAUGCUAACAGCCUGGAUACAUUCAUUUGCACCAAGUUGUUUCCUGGUCCCUUCUGUGGAGUUCAAACAUCAGGCUUUGAAGUGCCAUCAGAGUUUCCAUCACACUGAAGGAGACCACUUCACCCUCAUCAAUGUGUAUAAUGCCUACAAACACAACCUCAUGUCAUACUACAGCAUCAAGCGCUGGUGUGACGAGCAUUUCCUGAGUUUAAGUGCCCUUCAGAUGGCUGAUGCAGUUCGAGCAGAGCUCACUGAGAUCCUGACACGCUUAGAGCUGCCAGUUUCGUGUCCAGCCUUUGGCUCCAAGACAAACACUCUGAACAUCAAACUGGCUCUGCUGGCUGGCUUCUUCAUGCAGGUUGCCAGAGACAUCGAUGGAACAGGGAAUUACUUCAUUCUUACUCACAAGCAUGUUGCUCAGAUCCAUCCUGCCUCUGUUUAUGGAACUGAAUCCCCAAAGCAGAGCCUUCCUAAUUGGGUUUUAUAUCAUGAGCACACACUGGCUGAGAAUAACUGCAUCAGAACCGUUACCGAGAUUUCAGCACAUGAGUUCAUCCAGAUGACUCCUCAGUAUUUCUUCUACAACCUGCCCUCUAGUGAGAGUAAGGACAUACUGCAGUAUAUUAAAAGUCAUGGCACAGCAGCACAGAGUAAGAGUAAAGCGCAAACCCACAGCAACAGCGCAGGAGGAGAACGCUGUAUCAUACAGUAAACAUGGAAUGGUAUAUCAACCAUAGCCUCAACAACAGGGUAAAAGAUAGGAACAGAGUUUAAUCACUUGUAUAGUGAUGCAGAACAGUAUACAGCUUUACUACAGGGGUAAUAUGAACCUCUAGAACCAGCACUGUAAUAUUGUGUGAUUAGAAAGUCAAUGAGGAACAUGUAUGUAAAUACUGCUGUGCAGUAACUGAAGCAGUUAUGCUGUAUUUUAAAUGUUUACUGAGUUGUCAUGAGUUGCCCUCAAAGACUGUAAAUUCGACUGCUCUUUUUGAAUACAGACUUCAAUUAGCAUUAAAUACAGGGGUUUUUGUCACUAGCACUGUAAAAUUGCAGGUUUAGUUUUUAUGUUUGUCAUAUGAUUUGUCAACCACUGUGGUUAUGUAUUCAUCUGGUCUGGUAAUGCAUUUUGGGAUUGAUUGCACUAUGAUAAUAAACCAGU